UGGACUGUGCACACCACAGAGAACAAGACCCUAAUGUUGUAAUCCUGCCCCUGUCACUGUUGAUGUGCUUUAUGGAUCUGUUUCUUUCUUCCCAUAAUUUUUAGUAGUCAGUGAAGUCCACGGGGGCUGGUAAGGGGCUCGGCAGUGUAAAGCACCCUGAAUGUGCUUGUACAACAUGGGCUGUAGAGUUUCCUCAUAUCCAGCUGAACACUGGUUUUUCAGGGCUGUUUCAUCCUAGGAUGAAAAUAACAGAAUCUACAACAUCCUGGACUUUUCCUGUGGGAAAGUGUUUUCUCUUGCAGCAACUGUCCAAUCCUGGCAGUCAUGGCUGGGCACCUGGUGGCAGCAGGACCCUGGAAGCAAUUUGCAGAGAUUCGCCAUUUCCAUUUUAUGGUUCAGUUAAGAAGAAGCCUAAGGCUCAUUUCUCUGAAAACUCUGGUUUCUUGCACAGCCAACCACUCAGUAGAAAAAGAAUUCUUCAGCGUCUUGUUUCAAAAGACCUUGGACAAUCUUCUGCUGUUACACUCCCUUUGGUCCCACAUUUGAGCAAAAAAAAGAUCAAAGAGGAGGAUGAGGCAGCUUAGAGGAAAACCCAAAAAAGAGACCUCCAAAGAUAAAAAGGAGAGAAAACAGGCAAUGCAAGAGGCCCGGCAACAGAUCACCACCGUGGUGCUUCCCACACUGGCUGUCGUAGUACUGCUGAUUGUUGUGUUUGUUUAUGUAGCGACUCGUCCCAAUACAACUGAAUGAUGCAGCUUUUCAGACUCUCUAGCUUUGGGAUAUUAAUUUUACCAAGAGCCAAAAGGAACUCUCUGCCACUCUUUUAGUACUUUGCAAAGGAUCUUGCUGGUAUUUUCAGUCUUUCUCUUGGCUACAGUCCCACAGAUUCUCUUUAGGAAUGUAACAUAAAACGUAUUAGUGAAUGUGCCAGUACGUUUUAUGGUCCAGUUAUGUGCCUUUCAGACUUUUAAAAAUGGUGUUUUUCGUAAAGCUGUUUGAAGCUCUAUAUUGUAAAAGGAAAUCGUGUUCUGCUAUAAAUUUGUAAAAAAUCAGCUUUCAGCUUUUAUCACUGUUACAGAUAAUGUUGCUCCCAUGAGCUCUUGUAUGUCUAUUUCAGAACUUCCAAAGAAGUACAUUUCUUUGUACAUAAUGUCAUAUGAAGUGCUUUGAUUCAGAAAGGAUAUAUUUAUUUUUUGAAUAAAAGAAGUCUUACUAGGAAUCUUCAAAUUAUUUUGCAAAAAAAAAAAAAAAAAAAAAGGUGACAUUGUGAAAGCCUACAUUGUGUAAUAAUUUUUUCAUCAACCACUAUAUAGUUCACUCAAAAAGAAUUUCUUUUUGGUGUGAGAUGCCAACAUGCAAAGUGAAUACUUCAGGAUCUGCUGUAUGGAAUCGUACAGAAUUUGGACAUGGAGAUUUGGCCAGGUUAUGAUGAAGUAACUAAUAACAAACUACAUAAACACAGAUAGUUGCUUAUCUGAAUGUUCAAUAUUUGAAACUGUGUAAGUGGCAAUAAAAAGGUGGUUUUGCAUACAAAA